AUGUCCAAGACGACACGAUAUCGAGAACCGAACCAAUGGUCUCGUCCGCGCGAUCAUCUUGACCCCGAAAAGGCUUCGUCGCCCAUGGCCUAUGAUUCCUCCCUCAGCGACGACGAACCCGUGUACUCCGAUACCUCUCGAGUAACCUCAGGCUCACUGAGCUCACACAUUCCCAUGCUAGGCAGCCCGUCUCGGCGGCGGAGGCCGCGGAGAAAUGGGAUUAUGCCGCAUCGAUUGAUGAGAUGUGUCUGUCUGGCCGUCUUUGUCGCUCUCCUCCUCUUUGUCCUCAAUCUCUUCCGAUUCACACUCUUUGGCCGUGCUGAGCAGGUGCCAAUCGACGUCGCGAAACCAGCGCCGAAACCACACGCAUGGGAAAGUUUCCCUUUCCUUAAACGCUACCAUGGAGGCAUCAGGACAUUGGUGCCACGAAAUGAAAGUGUGCCGGAAUAUCCAGGAGAUGGCACUUUAGAUGAAUUGACGCUAGCCAUGGAAGAUGCUUUGCGAACAGAUAAAUCACCAGGGGAGGAGGAGCAAGCAAGGAAGACGGUGCAAAAACGCUCGGAAGGCUUACCUAUGACCAGCACCGCUUACAAUCCGUACCCGAACUACAACUCAGAGGAAUACAUCCAUAAAUAUGGAGAGAAGGUUGAGUGUUUCCUUGACGAAGAUAGUCAAGUGAGAAUGCCUUACUUGCAAUAUUAUCCUGGCGUGCCACAAGGCUUUCCCGACGCGAUCAUGGGCUCCAACGAGAUGUUGGGAAUGCGCGACGACGUUUGCUUCGAUCGUUUCGGUCGUCUUGGUCCUUAUGGUCUGGGGUACGGCGCGAGGAAAGGUGGUAGCGGAGCCGGCAUGGAAGGCGAUCGUGAGGGCUCGGAGCGUGUAUGGGAUGACGUCGCACCUGUGGAUUUUCGUGAAAUCAACUGGGCUGCAGCACAAAAUCGCUGCGUGAUUGCCAACAGUCACCGUUUCGCUAAGCUUGGAGAUCCUCAUCUUGACCGUGCCUUCGCUAUGCCGAUUGGUGCUCCUCCCAAGCCACAUAUGGAGAGUUCCGCUUCCGAGAAGGAAUACGCCAAAGGCACAGAUCGUUUACCACGUACAGCAGUUUUGAUCCGAACCUGGCACGACUUUCACUACACGGAAGAGGAUAUAAUGUACUUGCGAGCUCUUGUCACGGAGUUAUCCUUGAUGACCGGUGGAGAAUUUACAGUACAGUUCCUGAUUCAUGUCAAGGAUGACAACUUGCAGAUCUGGUCGGAUGAAGAGACAUACGACCGCGUGCUCCGAGACGCUCUUCCCGAAGAGUUUCAGGGUAUGGGGAUCCUAUGGUCAGAAAGGCAGAUGAACCUCAUCUACGGUGGCUUGGAAGAGAGUUUCGAGCGCGGAUUGCCAGUUCACGGAGUUUACCGUAGCACAUUUAUGCCCGUCCAAUACUUUUCGCAUCUUCAUCCCGAAUACGACUAUGUGUGGAACUGGGAGAUGGAUGUUCGCCACACCGGUCAUUGGUAUCACUUCUUUGACAAGGCAGCUAGUUGGGCUCGCCAACAACCUCGAAAGGGACUGUGGGAGCGAAACUCUCGGUUCUACGUUCCUAGCGUCCAUGGUCCAUGGGACGAUUUCAUGCAUACCGUCCGCGUGCAAACAGAGUUGGGCACAAAUAGUCCCAACAACAUCUGGAGCGCCGUCAAGGAUAGCGAAGACAAAUCUGACCCCAAUCACAAAGAUCAUGGUCGACAUGGCGAGGAUUUCAUUUGGGGCCCUGUUCGUCCUCACGAGAGCGAUGUUAUGGAGCUCGACACCGAUGUCAUCCCUCCUACAAGUAUGGAAAAGGACAAAUAUGAAUGGGGCGUUGGUGAAGAAGCUGAUCUCCUCGUUUUCAAUCCGCUAUUUGAUCCUGAGGGAACAACCUGGCUCCUCAGAAACGACGUUACCGGAUACAACCGUGAAGACGGAGUCCCUGAACGCCGUGCUGCUAUUAUCACUGCGUCUCGACUUUCUCGCAAACUGUUGUUGACCAUGCACCGCGAAACUAGUAUGAAGCGACACUCCAUGUUCUCAGAGAUGUGGCCAGCAACAACAGCACUCCACCAUGGCUUGAAAGCUGUGUAUGUACCUCACUCGGUGUACAUUGAUCGCAAGUGGCCAACACGGUACGUAGAGGCUGUCUUCAACGCAGGCCGCAACGGUGCUUCUGGAGGAGCCCGUACCUCAGUCUUUGGAGACCGCGAACACAAUUUUCGCGGAACGACAUGGUUUUAUUCUGCAGGCUUUUCAUCGAACUUGUACCGCCGCUGGUUGGGAUACAAAGUUGAUAAUGACGGUGGUGAAGAAGAAGAGCUUGCCGGUGAGGGUCGGCUGUGUCUGCCUCCUAUGUUGUUGCAUCCUGUAAAGGAUGUGCAAUUGGUGAUUGACAAUGGAGAUGUCCCCGACGAAGGGGAAGUGGCUUUGCCAGUCGCCGAAGAAGAGUCAUAG